AUGUCAUCAGAACAUUUAGUUUCUAAUGAGUUGUUGUAUCGAGACUCGUACACUGUAACUGUGACCACGAAAAUGUGUUGGGGAAACUUAUCUUCGUACAAGCAGGAUAGUAUCUGGUCGUGGUUUAUUUGUUUCUGUACGACGAUAUGCAUGAUCCUUUCAGUUGGAUUCACGUUCGCUCUUGGCGUUCUCUUUCCAGUUUUGAUGAAUUAUUUUGACGAAAACCGUGAGAAAACGGCAUGGGUUUCGUCUAUAAUUAUAGGCGUAUUUUGCUUUCUUGGUCCUGUUUCGAGUGCAAUCCUAAACAGAUUUGGUGUUCGUGUCACAACCAUUUUGGGUUGUUUGUCGUGUGCCGUUGGCCUUGCAUUGGGUUCAUUUGCUCCAAACAUCAUCACCCUCUACGUUGCCUUCAGUUUGCCAUUUUCUAUUGGGGUAUCGGCUAUUUACGUGGUUUCGCCAAUUAUUGUGUUUCAAUACUUCACCAAGAAACGGUCCUUUGCUCUUGGAAUUGUGACCGCUGGGCAAGGAAUUGGAACGAUGAUUCUUGGACCAGCUCUUCAAGCGUUAGUUGAUUUGUUUGGUUGGAAGAACUCUUUCCGUUUUUUCGCUGGUGUUUUAGGUAUUGCAUCAGUUACUGGAGUCAUCCUUCAUAGAAAAAUUACAUCUGUGAGGACUGAUGAAAAACAGGAAGCUCGUAGAAAGAAACGUCCGCAAAACCUUUCGUUGCUAAGGGAUCCUAUCAUCUGCAUGAUAGUGCUGAGAAAUGGACUUGCCACAUUUGCUCGUCUGGUGCCAUACGUACACAUAAUAAAGUAUUGUGAUGAUCUCGGUAUUCCAGCUAACAAAAGCUCCUUUCUGUAUCUAUUUAUGGGUAUUUUCGCCACCAUCGGACGUCUUGGGGCAGGAUUUUUAUGCAAUUUGAGAUUCAUAAAAGCCCGAUGUCUCCAACAAGUUGGGACAUUUAUUGUCGGGGUGUCUACAAUGCUACUUACCUUGACAACUACUUAUGCUGGACUGAUUGCUUUCGUCAUUAUAUUCAGUGUCGCAGAUGGUAUUUUGAUAACAGCUCUCAUAAUCGAAUGUAUGGAAUCCGUUGAAGAUUCGUUAAGGGCAUCUGCGUUUGGGCUUGUAUUAAUGGUUGCGGGUGGAUUUGCUUUAGGUAGCCCACCCUUAUCAGGGUUUAUGGCAGAUAAGUUUGGUAACUACUUUGCUGCGUUUCUUAUGGCUGGUGGAGUGGCGAUUGUUGCCAGUCUCAUCCCAUUUCUUCUCAUUUGUGUGAAACAAGAACAAAAGAAAAACUUUGAUGAUGACGUUGAAGAGACAGUGCACCCAGGCCAAUUAGAGGGUGUGGAUGACACCGGAUUGGAGUCCAAAGGUGGUUCUCAGGACUCAAUAUCUACGAUUGGUAGAGAUCGUCUGAUAAGGUCUUCCUCAUUCGCUAUAGCCUUGGAUAGUCCGAUCUUUUGAUGAAGAAUAUUUUGCUUCAAGUUUUUUCAUAAAAAGUCUGUUAUAAAUGUGUUUUAUGUUUUCAAAUUACAUUUAGUAUAAAGAGUUAAGUAAUGGUAGUACUGAAAUGAAAACGAAACUGAACUGUUUGCAAAGUCUAGGAUUCACUCGUGUUGCAACGCUCACACGACUGCCACACAACGAAAAUGACUUAGAUGGCAUGAUGAUUACAAAGUACUGAACUAGAGAUAAGUUGAGAUAAGAGAGAUCAAAAGAUUGUCUCUGUUGUAAGGCGAUGUGUGCAGCGCUGACCACUAGCACAAGAGUAAUCCAUACAUACGUAUACCUACAUACAUUUAAUUAAUACUUUUGAUACAAAUUUACAUAUUUUCAUAGUCUGACAGGUAGCUUUACUACAAACAACGUUUAAUUUCAAUAGAUUAAAAUUCCGGAAAGAAUGCUCUGCUACCGUCGAACCUGUAUUAAGCGGUCACCCAUGGGGAAUGGUGACCGCUUUAUACAGAUUGAACGCUUAAUAUAGUUCCAUAGAUUGGGAGUAUUUUAAAAAACAAUUCAAAACGCCACUUUAUGCCAAAAUUGACCACUUAAUCUACAGAAUCUCGCUCAGAAAUACUACUUUCG